AUGUUGGGUAAGAGAGAGGGUGUCGAUGUGUUCGACAUGGAGAACCCUAUCAGAGAGGGUAAAGGUACUAUGGCCGACCCAUACCAGGUCCCAAGUUACUUCGACCACCGUUACGUUGGAUGCAGAGGUGAGGAGGAAGGUGAGGGUGACCACAAGCCAUACUGGAUGAGAGUCGAGAUCGACAAGCCCGGUAGAUGUUGGGAGUGUGGAAGUGUUUUUGCUCUCAAAUACCUCGGUAGCCCAGAGCACGACCACCACUAA